AUGCCACCUCUUCGCAUCCUCUGUCUUCAUGGCUACACUCAAAACGCCUUGUCAUUCACCAAGAAGACCGUCGUCUUUCGCAAAUGCCUCAAGGAUAUUGCCGACCUCGUCUAUGUAACGGCUCCUCACAUUGUGCCAAUCCCUACCUUGAACACACCCGAGGAACGCGAGGACGAUAUACUGGACCUAGAGAAAUUGGAGCCCGAGGCGGUGCCAUAUGGAUGGUGGACAUCUUCACCCGAAAAGCCCCUCUACAAGGGAUUUGAUGAGAGUUUAACAGGCCUCCGCGAGGUCCUUGAGAAGCAGGGACCAUUCGACGGAGUGAUGGGAUUCUCACAGGGUGCUUCCAUGGCAAGUCUACUCCAGCUGCUGUUGGAGAGACCCCACCUUUCGCCCGUCAUGGCUGGACUGAAGCACGCUCCCUUCAAGUUCGCAAUCAUUGUGUCUGGAUUCGAACCCCGCGAUGCUGAGAAGUUGGCUUGGUACACCAACAAGUACGAUGUCCUCCAACAAAUGGAUGGUGAUGACGAGAACAAGGAGAACCAGGAGAACCAGGAAACUAAGACCCUCUUUGGUGUCCAGGGCGCCAGUCUGCAUGUCAUUGGUCGAAACGAUGUCAUCAUCGAGCCAGAGAGAGCGGAGGGUUUGUUGAAGCACUAUCAGUACAAGGCUCCUCAGACGCUAUACCACGACGGCGGCCAUUAUCUGCCCUCGAACGCUGCCAGUCGGCAAACCUACAAGUCCUUUGUCCAGUCCUUCGUUUAG